AUGGAGGAGGCGCAGGCGCAUGCUACAGCUGGGGCUGGCAUUUUCCACAUCCCCUCAAGAUCAGAGACGUCAGCUCGACACAGCCACUCGCUACAGACAAGGAGGGAAAGACCACUUCCUCUAUCGCUGAGCACGUCUUCGCCGCCAACAUCGCCGCAGCCGCACUCACCUCGGCGACGUAUACCAUUCCCAUCUCCAUCGAACAGCGACGACGAGCACGUGUUCGAAUUGGAGAAAAUCGCGUCGUCGCCUCGGCGCAGUCGGACACAAUUCAGCUGUACGGCAGCAAGUCAAUGUGCAUCGCCAUCGUAUACAGAAGCAUGUCCUGAUAGCAACCUUGUCUUUCGGAACCCUCCCGACUGGAGCGGAGUCUUCGGGCGGAAGGCGCACGGUCCUCUGGACAGUAGCAUAGUACUGCACAGCGCGGAGCGUGAGGAAAGAAGAGGCCAAAUACAGAUCGGUAUGGACCGGACACAGCAAUCGAGCAGGUUGCCAGGUUUGUCGUCCGCUGAGGACGUACAAGAGGGCAUAACCCACGAAGGCGCAGGGCUCAGCAGGCGAGAUAGCAUGGGCAGUGUCAGCUCCGCGUCCACGACGAGCCUCGUCCUGGAAAACUUGAACGAGAUGGGUGAGCACGCGGAACGGGAAGGCUUUCUGCCAAAGAAGAGUCGGCGUGAGGAUGGUCAUAAACGGAAACGAAGCAAUGGUGGCAUUGGAUAUCGCGACAGUGACAGCGAUCUCGAGCUACCACGAUUCAAUGAAAAGGGCCAUCGCGAACGGGGAAGGGACAUGUCCGGCACACUUCGUCGAGCGAUCGUGAUCCUCAGCAUUUUAGCAGCCGCAGGCUGGGGAGCUGCAAUUGUCUUCUUUAUGCUUUCAGGUAGGCAUAAAUUUGGGGCAUACGAGUAUGAUGACGAGAACCCUCGGAUCGGCUCCGGUAGAAAGGUCACGCUCAAACAGAUUCAGAGAGGAGAGUGGCACAUGCGGACCGCGCCAAUCACUUGGAUUGAUGGACCGAAUGGGGAGGACGGCCUCGUGCUCGAAGUAGGCGCACAUGGGAAGGAUUACGUGGUCGUCGAGGACAUUCGAUCGAGGUCCAACGACGGAAAGAACGACAGCGCAGAGAUCUUCAAAGCAAAGACCCUUAUGAAAUCGAGCGUGUUCGGCUUUAAUGGUGUAUCUUAUCAGGCUGCCUCGAUCGAGGUGAGCCCGAACAUGAAGAAGAUCCUUGUUCUUGCAAACAGGGAGAAAGUCUUUCGUCACAGCUAUACCGGACUGUACUUCAUACUGGACAUUGAGAGUCAUUCUUGGGAGGCAUUAGAUCCUGCAAAGCCAUUGACCAGGGUACAGCUCGCCCAAUGGAGUCCGAAUGGUGAUGCAAUUGCGUUCACACGAGACAACAACCUGUUCGUGCGCAUGUUGAACAACACAGCUGUAAGACAAGUCACCAAGGAUGGCGGAAGUGAGUACUUCUACGGUAUCCCAGACUGGGUCUACGAAGAGGAGGUCUUCAGUGGCAGGAUCGCGACGUGGUGGAGCCGCGAUGGCCAAUAUGUUGCAUUCCUCAGAACCAACGAAACAACCGUGCCGGAGUAUCCCGUUGAGUACUACAUUCAACGCCCCAGUGGUGUCGAACCGGACAAGGGUCUAGAGCACUAUCCUGAGACUAGAAGGAUCAAGUAUCCUAAAUCUGGAGCUCCGAACCCGGUGGUCGACCUGCUCUUCUAUGAUCUGGAACGGAAUGAGAACUUCGAAGUUGAGGUUAGUGGCGGCUUCAAGGACGACAAUCGCCUCAUAACGAAUGUGCUCUGGGCAGAUGGCGGUAAAGCAUUGAUCCAAGAGGCCAACCGUGUCAGUGACCGGAUCCGAUACGUGCUUGUCGAUGUAGCUGCUCGGACGGGCAAAACAGUCCGGGAGAUCGAUCUGAAGAAAGAAGGCUUGGGGUGGGUCGAGCCUGGGCAAAAGACAACUUAUAUACCUGCUGACCCCAACAACGGCCGACCUCACGAUGCUACAUCGCCACAGUCGCCUACGAGGUGGGAAGUUGAUGACGCGCCAUCGGCGGUCGACCUGAAGAAUAACAUGGUCUACUUCCUCUCGACCGCAGUCGCUGUCACCCAAAGGCACCUUUUCAGUGUCUCCCUGACAGAACCAAGGGGCUCGAUCAAGCCUGUGACCGCCAUCACCAGCCCCGGCUAUUGGACCGCCUCCUUUUCCUCGCUUGCAUCUUACAUAUCUCUCACAUACCUAGGGCCAUCCAUUCCCUACCAAAAGGUCGUCUCGGCGGGCGAUCAAGGUGCCUCGUUCUCAAUGAUCUUGGAAUCAAACGAUGCUCUCGCCGACAUGGCUUCCACUCACGAGCUCCCACACCUAGUCUACACCAAUCUGACUGUCAAUGGCGCCACACUGCAAAUCCUCGAGCGUCGUCCACCACACUUUGACCCGAAACGUGAAUACCUGUUGUCUUCUACCAUCAUACCUCGCCGCCAAUCAAGCUACAUUGUCAUCACCGUCGACGGUCGCGGCACGGGCUUCUCUGGCCUCGAGCAUCGCAAAGUCUUGCGGGAGCACUUCGGGACCGUCGAGCCGGCUGACCAAAUCGCUGUCGCCAAACACUAUGCGAAGAAGUCAUAUGUUGACUCCGAGCGCAUUGCCAUCUGGGGCUGGAGCUACGGCGGCUAUACGACCCUCAAGACACUCGAGAUGGACGCAGGCGAGACCUUUCACUACGGCAUGGCCGUUGCUCCCGUCACCGACUGGGCGUUCUACGAUAGCAUCUACACCGAGCGGUACAUGCUCACACCAGAGCAGAAUCCCGAGGGGUAUGCGGAAGCAAAAGUCAGCAACGUGACGGCAAUGGCGCAGAAUGUGCGCUUUCUGAUAAUGCAUGGCACUGGCGACGACAAUGUGCACAUGCAGAAUACUUUGACUUUGUUGGAUGAAUUUGAUUUGGCAGGCGUUACGAAUUAUGAUGUACAUUUCUGGCCGGAUAGCGAUCAUAGCAUUUAUUUUCAUGGAGCGAAUCCUUUGGUAUGGGAGAGGCUGAGUGGAUGGUUGGACAGGGCUUUCAAAGGAGAGUUCUACAUGAAGGUGGAUGCCGUCAGGGACGGCGAUGGGUCAAAGAAACGGGAUCUGGGCUGGUAG